AUGGAUCGAGUCCUAAAAGCUGCACGAGCUUCUGGUUCUCUUAAUCUCUCCAAUCGCUCUCUCAGGGAAGUGCCCAAUGAGGUGUACAAAAGUUUGGACGCGGUUGCCGAGGAUGAAAAUUGGUGGGAGGCUGUUGAGCUGCAAAAACUGAUCCUAGCUCAUAAUGAUAUUGAAGUGCUGAGGGAAGAUCUUAGAAACUUGCCUUUGUUAACUGUAUUAAAUGUUAGCCACAAUAAGCUUUCGCAUCUCCCAGCAGCUAUUGGAGAGCUUCACAUGCUCAAAUCAUUAGACGUGUCAUUUAAUUCAAUCAUGGAAAUUCCUGAAGAAAUCGGAUCAGCUGCUUCUCUGGUCAAGUGUGAUUGUUCAAAUAACCGCCUAAGCUAUCUCCCUGUCUCUCUUGGAAAAUGCACGGAGUUGUCAGAACUUAAGGCAUCUAACAAUAACAUUUCCAGCUUUCCAGAAGAUCUAGCAAACUGUUCAAAAUUUUUAAAGUUGGAUGUAGAGGGAAACAAGCUAACAAUGCUACCUGAUAAUUUCAUUGCAUCGUGCACUGUGCUUACAGAACUCAAUGCAUCCAAAAACUUGCUAAGCAGCAUUCCAGACAGAAUUGGAUGCCUUUCACGUUUGAUACGCCUCGAUCUUCACCAAAACAAAAUUUCAUCAAUUCCAUUGUCGAUAAAGGGUUGCUCAUCCCUUCUGGAGUUUUAUAUAGGAAAUAAUAUGCUGUCCUCAUUACCGGUGGAAAUUGGAUCACUAACGCAGUUAGGAACAUUUGAUCUGCACUCAAACCAGUUGAAGGAGUAUCCAGUGGACGCAUGCAAUUUGCGUCUUUCAGUUCUUGACCUGUCUAAUAAUUCAUUAUCUAGUUUGCCUCCUCAAAUUGGCUUGAUGACCACACUGCGGAAACUUUUACUUGUUGGCAAUCCGUUGCGGACAUUGCGGAGCUCCUUGGUAUCCGGACCUACACCUGCUCUAUUAAAGUACCUUCGAAGUAGACUUCCUACUGAUGAAGAGUCUUCAACAACCACAACUGUUAAAAAGGAUGUUGUUGCCAUGGCAGCUCGAUUAUCCCUAACUUCAAAGGAACUUUCUUUAGCUAGGCUAGGUCUGGGUGCUGUCCCAUCAGAUGUAUGGAAGUCAAGUGACAUCACAAGAGUCAAUCUUUCGGAAAAUUCUAUUGAAGAGCUGCCGAAUGAACUUAGCUCUUGUGUCUCCCUUGAGGCUUUGAUAUUAUCCAAGAACAAGAUAAAAGAGUGGCCUGGUGCAAUUUUGAUGUCUCUUCCUAAACUUUCGUGCUUAAAGCUGGAUGGAAAUCCACUGAGAAAGAUCCCCUCUGAUGGUUUUCGAGCUGUUUCCAAGCUUCAGAUUUUGGAUCUCAGUGGUGCAGCAGGUUCUUUACCAGAAAACCCAACAUUUUCUAGCUUACCAGAGUUGCAGGAGCUUUACCUGAGGAGGAUGCAAAUAUCAGUUGUCCCUUCAGAUAUAUUGACUUUGCAGCAGCUAAAGGUUCUAGAUUUAGGCCAAAAUUCUCUUCAAUCAAUUCCAGAGAGUGUUAAAAAUUUGACUUCUCUUACGGAGCUUGAUUUGUCAGAUAACAACAUGUCUUCAGUUCCACCAGAACUGGGUUUGCUUGAAGCCAACCUGCAAGUACUAAAACUUGAUGGGAACCCUUUGAGAAGUAUCCGAAGGGCAAUUUUGGACCGAGGAACCAAAGCUAUCCUGAAAUAUUUGAAGGACAGAAUCGUAGAACAAUAA